CGUAUCGGGAACAGUCGUCGCAUAUUUAUGUCUUUCGAACAACAAACAAACGAACGUUUGAUAGUAUCAUAUUGUUCAUAUUUAGUGAAUUUCCUACCGGACGCGUUGAAUAAAAUGCGGUACAGGAUUCCGGCUUGUAAUAACGCAUAAUUAUGUUAUAACCGGACCGGUGUUCAGAACCGAAAUAAUGCGAGGUGGACAAGUAUGAAACAUUAAACAUGCCUCAUGGCUGGAGGCAGGAGCAACAACAAGCGAAGUGGAAAUUUAGACAGAACACAUCAAUGGCUCUGUUACCAUCAGCUUUAUGCUUCUGUCAGGCCUGAACUUCCUUCGAGUGAAAUAUUUAAAAAGUAUCAACUUGCAGAGAAGAACCGUAUCGUUGCGAAAAGUCUUAGUGAUCUACAAAAUAAUAUUUUAAGGCUUUUGUAUAGUAAUUCAAAUUUGUCACGAGAGGAACAACUGUUGGUACAAUUUAUAUUGAAUGUUACUUACACAUCAAAAUUUGUGAAUGCAUCCUGCGUUAAUACUAUUUCCGACAUCAAUAAAAGAUAUGCGAAUCGCACAACAACAGAUUGUGAUUCAACAACAAACAUUACAACACCAAGAAAUGUAAGAGAGUAUGCUGCAGUGGAUGUGAGUCCUACUUUAUCCGAUAUGGCUGAUUCUGGUUUAGAAACUGGUUCUGUAAGUCCACAUGAAAACACAACGUCUGAGAAUUCGAGUACUGAUUUUGAGGAAUUACAAGUUACUGAGUAUGCAUCUGCGAAUGAGGAUAUUGAUAAGACACGUGUAAGAUAUGUUAAUAGAGAUCAGAAAGUAAUUGUGGAAUCAGAACGUUAUGAUUCAGCCAACAAUUGUACCAAUAGAUGCCAUAUAAAGGAGUUGGUAGAAUCAGGUUUGAUGGAAUGUACUUCAAACGAACACAGCGCAACGUGUUCUUCUGUUGAUGCGGAGCAACCGCAACUAGAUUCAUCUAGUUCGUCCACGGAAAAUGCCCAAAAAGCGAAAUUGCAGAGAGAUGAAAUUUUUCAAUAUGAAAAUCACGUACUUAGUGAUCCAUUUUAUGAAUCGGACUGUGGCAGUGAUGAAAAUGGGUCGUUCGAAUUUGUUGACCUUGGUAAUGCGUCGUCUGUAAGUACUGACGUGGAGAAGGAAUCGGCUAAAGGAGAAUCUACAGAAAAGUCGCAGGACGAAAAGACGUGUGAUUCCAAUUAUUUUCGCGUUGAAAAUGCAGAGUCGGAAAAUGCAAGACUUGAAGUAUCCCGUGAUUUACCGCAACAAAACAGUUCCUGUAAUGCAAGCAAUUAUUACUUCAUUGAUGCAUCGACCCUGAAUGAUGAAGUUGUAGUACCAUCCUCGAAUGUAACUAAAAAUCAGUGCUCUGAUAAAAAGCCACAAUUAUAUUCUUCCUAUCCCACUGAAUAUGUCACAAGUAAAUCGAAUGAUUUCGCGGACGAGCAAUUUUACAAAUUCACAUCUGUUAAAACAAGUAAUUUACAAACUGGACAUGAAAGGGUAGCAGAAUUCGAACGGGAAUUAAAGCUUACCGAGUAUCUGGAACCGCUUACAGACACAAGAAAAAUAAGGCGGACUGAUUCCACAUCCGAAGAUAAAAUAACUAUAAGCGCUGAAAUGAACAAAGAGUCUUUAGUUGUAGAAAUUAAGGAAGCAGACAGUGGUGAGAGCGCGCAUCCUUCUCCUUAUCCCGACAAUAAUAAAAAUAUGAAUAACGAACGACAUGUCGUGUCACGAACGGAUAACGACAAUGACAUCCCUGUUCACUUAGUAGAUAGUAAAAACGAAAUAACUGAGCAAACGAAUGACAAAGAUAUUAAUUUAACGGAAGACACUCGACGACCUUCUCUGAUUAGGAGAAACACGUUCGAGUUGGAUUCUAACGAUGAAAAGUUAUCAGUGCUGAGACAAGAGUAUGAACGACGCCAAGGUACUUUGGUAUUCCAAAAUGCAAUACCUCAGUAUUCAGGACAUCGUGUCGACGGAGAUUCGUGCUUCAAUCCGUCAGACGAACCUGCGAUUCCCAUGAACAAUGUACUAAACAAGUUUACCAUAGAUGUUCAAAUACCGUCUACUACUCAGUACCAUGCAAUGCCAUAUCUGCCAUUAGAUAAUGGGAAGUAUGAGAUUAAUCAGACACCGCCAGAGGCUAGUAAUUCUUUGCAAAAUGACAGUAAUUCUAGUAUAAUGUAUCCUGUAACAAAAAGCGCUAGUGACAAAAUGAUAAUCGAUUAUACAGAUUUGGACGAUGGGACGAGCAGUUGUAGCAACAGUUUGCCCGUCACAUUAAAUUGUAUUUUAGAAAAGGACACUAAAACAGACACUUUAAAGAAGGUUAAGUGUGACGAGAACACGCCUAUUAUUUCGGGUGGGGUUAGCACUUCGGACUAUUCGAAGCCUACUGAUAGUCCUACUGUGCGUCGGAAAACAGAGUCCACGCCAAUUGUUUCAGGGGGUUCUGUUAUCAUGAACGAGCCUGAAUCGAGAAUGAAACCUGUCAGAAUGGCGUCUUCCAUGACUGCAUGGGUAGUCGAUAUGAGUGAUUGCAGUAAAAAUGACUCUAAGCCAACGAGUAAUUCCAAUGUAGGCAUGUCCCAAAGUUUUUCGACUUCCGAAUGUAUUAAGAAACCAAUCAGAAAAACAAGUAACCACGACAAACACGGUAGUUUAGGUUUCUUUGUUAACUUGAAAGAUAUGGAUCGUAAGCCUAUUGUGCCGCAACAAAGUUGCGCGAUAGAAAGAAAAGAACAGAACGAAAGUGGUAAAUCUUACUGCGAAUUUUACGUUGACAUAUCCAAUACGAAUUGUACGACAAAAAUGAAAAAGUUCGAAACGGAAGAGUCGGCUAAUAAACCGGAGAAGUCCAAUGAAGCAAACGAUAAAAAAAAUAUAUUCUCUAUGUUUAUCGAUUUAAGUGAUCCACCGAAAAAACCGGAAACUAUUGUACAGACAGCACACAGAAGGAGCUUUUCUACAUUUUGUGAUAAACGCGUGGAAAUUAAGUCGGAGGAUAAUAAUUCCAGCGAAAAUAGUACAACUAAGGAGGACCAACCGUUGAUUGAUCAAAAGUCUCUUAGGGAAAAAGCUAAACCGAGCGUGUUUAUGUACAUAGAGUCCGAUUCGCCAGUGGUUAGAAGAAGAACUUUAUCGACGUCACGACCAGCAUUCAAAAGACAUUCCUGGAACGUCGAUAAGACACAAAAUGUUAACAAUAACGGGCAUAUCGCGAAAGAAAUUAUGUUCCGAAAGGAGCACAAACGGGCGCAUAGCCUUUCUGUGGAUCGGGGGGACUUGAAGAAUCUACAAGCAAAGCCUAGUGCUUCGAGUCAUUCUUUGAGCGAUGCGACAAAGCCGGAAUGCUCCGGCCAACGAAAUUUCAAACUCCAUCAAGAUGGAAACGGCGCCCUGAGUAAUAUGGAUACAUCUUCAGAAGAUGCGUUCGAAUAUGACACAAGGGACACUCCUCCGAAUUCUCAUGUUGAAGUAAUCAACGAAGAACUUCGUGUGAGUAUAAAAGAACACGAGUACACGGAAUUAAAAGCCGAGCGAAAUACGGAGAACCUGAACACUACGGAUGUUAAAGCGUACGAAGAUGAAUAUUCAGAGACGUCUGCGUGGGAGAAAACGUGCACGGAGAGCACCGAGGGACAAACCCGUAAGAGCGAGACGUUUGACAUUAGUAGUGGUAGCGGACCAUCGCCCGACAGCGAUAAUCAUGAUUACGAAUUGUCCGAAUUGUUGAACGGUGAAGUGCCAAACAUAGAUCGAACGCAAGCAGUUCCCGCUGUUGCUAAUAAAAUAUCUGAAACGCAUAAAUCUUUAAACGAGACAAUCAAGAAAAUCGAAAGUGAAUUCAAGGAUCCGGAUUAUGGGAAGCCAACAUACGAUAGCCAUAACACAAUGUCGAAGAAAAGCGAAAGGACGAUAGGGCUUAAUCUGAAAGCAACGACAUCCAACUUUGUUCGAUUAUCGGAUCUGGAUAAGACGCCCAUUGUCUCUCAUACGUCGGAUAUUGUAACUGUGAAGGAAGACAGAGCUGCGUACCGGAUGUGUAAUAGUAUUCCAGAGACUUCCUGGAUUGAAAGUAAAUUGGUUAUGUCCAGAACAAACGGAUCGGUUAGGCCGGUUCCCAGAAAGUUCACAUCGAUCAUGAGCACCUCUUUACCGUCCAAACAAAAGUCUCCUCUUGAGGACUUAACAGGAGAGUACGAUGGCGAAGGCAUUGUAUCAGAAUCUGAUCUGAGCAGUAUGCAGAGUAGCAUGGGACGUUCUGGGGCUGAGGGGAGUACAGAGGAAACCGAAACAUCGAGUUUAGCAGGAGGCAGACCAUACAACAGAUUAGGGGAAGAUUUACUAAGAAUGUUCUUAGAAGAAAUCAAUCCAGAUGUUACCAUCGAUGUAGCUGGUCGUCGCAUAAGAGCUCACAAAUGUAUAUUGAGUUCUCGCUGUCAGUAUUUUGCAGCGAUUCUUAGCGGAGGAUGGAUUGAAAGUGCGGGAAAUGUUAUUUCCUUGCAGGGAUACUCGUACGAUGCAGUGCACUUUGCAUUAUGUCAUAUUUAUAGUGGAGAAAGUAACAUACCAGAUUCUAUAAGUAUAGUUGAAUUAGCAACUUUAGCUGAUAUGCUAUGCUUAGAGGGUCUAAAAGAAGUUAUAGGAUACACGCUUAAAGUUAAAUAUUGUCAUCUGUUUCAUAAGCCUUGUCAAAUAUGCGCUGUUGGUGUAUUAGAAUGCAUGCCAUUGGCAGCAGCUUACGGUCUGGAUGAAGUGUAUCGAAAGUCUCUUCGAUGGGUCACCAGACAUUUUGUACGAAUAUGGCCAUGUAAGGCGUUUGCAACACUUCCGAGAGAACUCAUGGAAAAGUGUUACCAUCAACACAUUGUGCACAUGUCUACGGACAAUGUACUUCAAACUAUGAUGGAUUGUGAUAAACUUCUCGCAACGCUGCCAAAUGUCCGUUGGACAGAACCAGUGUUCCGGAUGGUCUCAAAUUUGUUGGAAACGUCGGUAAAGUUUUUAUCGGACAAUUUCUCAGGGGUACUGGGAAAUGAAAACUUUCAGUCUCUUGGCCGGGAGUUGACAUGGAAUAUCAGUCGUUUAGAGGAUAAUUUCUUAGCUGCCGCGGAACACUUGCCUCCCGAACAAGCGUGUAGAAGUUAUUCGAAGUUACAUAAAAUGUUAACUUCGGUGCAACUGGAUGAGGCGCAGGAUAAAAUCAAGUGGGGACCCUUGUUUGUUGAUUUCUUGAAGAAAAUUCAAAGCCGAGUGGAGAAGUGCUUGGUUAAAGACGCAGCACGAGCGGCAAGAACUACUACAUGGUUAAAAAUGGAUUUGGAACUUCGGCGUAGAAUACAGGAGUUAGCUUGCCUUGUUAUUCUACCUCAUGAAACUGCGAAACGUCAAUCAAGGCAUUCUAACUUUGUCAAAGAACCUAAACCGGCAUCGAGUCCAUCAACAGUAAAUCGCAAUUUGGAUUUGAAGCGUGUAAAAAUGGUGAUAUCUGAACAUAAUGAUAAAACCUUAAAGCAAAUAACAGCUGUGCAACAAACAAAGAAAGUAUUUAAUAAACCAAAAAGCGAUCCAUUGGAACGUAAAAUGCAAGAGGAUAAACCAGCUACCAUCGAAACAAGUAGACCAAAAUCGUGGCCCAAUAAAAUAGAGGUGAAAUCGCGGUAUUUGGAACCCAGAAAUAAAUCUGUCCCUAAAGAAACUGUGCAACCACCGCAUCCGGAAAAGGUAAUGGUACAUCAACGUCGAAAGAUAAUGAUUUCGUCUUCGGAUUCAUCUCGUACGUCUAGCCCCGCAAUGAAACGCGCUACUGAUAAAAAGCCACUGGCAAAGAUACAAUUACCAAUAAAGAAAGACGUGAAAGCUCUCUCUUCGGACAGUUUAACCGACGCUAAUGCAAGUAGACCAAAUAAUAAAAAGGAUUCGAUCAGUAAAAGUUGUGGUAUUACGCGCCCGGAAUCGCCAUCUUUUAAACAGAAGAACGCAGAAAUAGGUUUGUCCGUGGAUUCGUUGGCAGAAUCGAAGAAUAAAUCCGUGGUUGCAAAAAAGAAGACCAGUAAAAUGGAUACCUCGAUGUCUACGGAUAGUCUUAUGACUGAGAUCACAGCAACGCCAAAAUCAAACGUAUCAAACAAACUAUCACCGACUUUAGGGAAAACAAUUAAUAAAACGCAAGCUUAUGAGAAAAUGAAGAAGAGUUCACCACCGGUGCAUCAAAGAAGCCCGCUCACAGCAGCAAGAAGGCCACUUAGAUCUCUAGAGAGUUCAACUGCAGCUAGCAGAAGCAGGGUGGCAGCUAUAACCGCGUAUCACGGUUCCCCUAGUUUGCGAAGAAAUCUUCUCGACGCCGCAAAGACACCGGAUGUUCCAAGUAAGUCAUUGAAUAACACGUCGUACAAACCCACGAAUACGCGGACAGUUGCACAGUCUGUAAUCAAUCAUCCGAACCUAAAAAAAGAAAAGAAAGAAGUAUUGCCGAAUCAGCAGGGUUCUGAAAGCCCUAGUAAAAGAUCUUCCCCGAAAUCAUCUGGCACUAAUAAGAUAAGUAAAUCUGCGAUCGCAACUAAGAGGACAACAAGUAAGGCCCUAAACGAUGAGAGGGUGAAAAGUAAGUGCCAUAAUGGGGAAGUUGCGAAGCAACCAACGGUCGGCUCUAGAUCGGGAACCUUUCUAAAAGACGAGCCAACAAUACUUAAGAAAGCUGAUAUUAAAUCUUCUCAAAUCAAUACUUAAAUUUAUAGACAGGUCGCCGUGUACGUUUUUAUACGUACAUUGCACCAUUAGAUUUACGGAUUAUAUAUAAAAACUGGCAUCUGUAAUCGCAAACGUGAUAAUUCCAAUUGCGAAAUCGUACUAUGUGUAAAGAUAGAAUUCUAUAUAAUUUUAAUUUAAUGCAAGGUUGCAGUUGACAUAAUCGUCAAAGGGAGUACAUUUGAAAUGCAUUUAUUAGGUAUAUAGAAAAUGUGCUAUGAUUUUGUUGUAAUGUUAAAAGUAUCUAUAAAUGAAAUAUGGCACUAGGGAUAUACCAAUUUCGGGUUAAAUCAUUUUUCAAUUAUCUGGUCUCUGACGGAGAGAGUAGGAGUACGUGUUUUAGCUGCAUCUUGGAUAUCGGUCGCAUUCAGUUUAUUAUACUGCACAACUAGGGUAUCGAUGAAGACAUCACUUUUGGUCAUAAAUACAGCUAACUUAAUGUCUCACUCAAUUUUCAACCAAUGUGCGCAUUAAUAUGUCAUUAGUAUUACACAACGCAUAUUUAUAGAUUGUAGAUCUCUAACGUGGCCAGUUAGAUGAUAUGUAGAUAGAUCUUUUUUUCUUCCACAUUAAAAAGCCAUAUCACCCAAAAUUGUUUGGUAGAAUUAUUUACUAAUUUAACCAGUGGCAGUAUAUGUAUGUGAAGUACGUCCUUGUCUUACCAUUUAAUGUUGCCAUCUUACUAAUUCUGAUUGUAAGUAGAACUCCGUUUACC